AUGUCCUCCUCCUCCGUCGCGCUUUUUCGAAGAGUCUCCUCCUCCUCCUCCUCCACUUACGUCCGAUCUUCGUCUCUGUUGUGUCAGUUGACCAAUUGGUCUUCGAACGACACCACCGUAACGACGACGAAGCGACACCAAAACCAACCGGAUCCGUCGAUGACGACGACGACAUUUCGAGCAAAAUCCAUCUCGACCACGUCUUCGACGCGAAACACCGACUCACCGCAUCUCCCGCGCACUCACGGAGGUCUGACCGAUCAAGAUCGUAUUUUUACGAACUUAUACGGCAAGCACGAUCCGUUCAUUAAAGGCGCGAUGAAGCGCGGGGAUUGGUAUAACACGAAAGAACUCGUGUUGAUGGGGGCGGAUUGGAUCAUCAACGAAAUCAAAGCCUCUGGGUUGCGCGGCCGCGGCGGCGCCGGGUUCCCGUCCGGGUUGAAGUGGUCGUUCAUGCCGAAAGUGAGCGCGGAUGGGAGACCGAAUUAUUUAGUGGUGAACGCGGACGAGAGUGAACCUGGAACGUGUAAAGAUCGAGAGAUUAUGCGACACGACCCGCACAAGUUGUUGGAGGGGUGUUUGUUGGCCGGGGUCGGGAUGCGAGCGAGAGCGUGUUACAUUUAUAUCCGAGGAGAGUACGUGAACGAGAGAUUGGCGUUAGAACGUGCAAGAGAUGAAGCGUACGCGGCUGGGUAUUUGGGGAAGAACGCGUGCGGGACCGGGAUUGAUUUUGACGUGAACAUUCACUACGGCGCCGGCGCGUAUAUUUGCGGCGAAGAGACGGCGUUGAUUGAAAGUUUGGAAGGGAAGCAAGGGAAACCGAGGUUAAAGCCUCCUUUUCCGGCGAACAUCGGGUUGUACGGGUGCCCAACGACGGUGACAAACGUAGAAACUGUCGCGGUCGCGCCGACAAUUUUGAGAAGAGGAAGCGAUUGGUUCGCCGGUUUUGGGAGGAAGAACAACACGGGAACGAAACUUUUUUGCAUCAGUGGCCACGUGAACAACCCGUGCACGGUCGAAGAAGAGAUGAGUAUCCCGUUGCAAGAGUUAAUAGAGAAACACUGCGGAGGCGUGAGAGGUGGAUGGGAUAACUUGUUGGCGAUUAUUCCGGGCGGCUCGUCCGUGCCGUUGAUUCCGAAGAAAGUCUGCGAGGAGGUGUUGAUGGAUUUCGAUUCCUUGAAAGCGGCGCAAAGUGGAUUAGGAACCGCAGCGGUUAUUGUCAUGGAUAAGAGUACGGAUGUUGUGGACGCGAUUGCGAGAUUAUCGUACUUUUACAAGCACGAAUCGUGCGGUCAGUGCACGCCGUGCAGAGAAGGUACCGGAUGGUUGUAUAACGUCAUGGAACGCAUGAAGAAAGGAGACGCAAAGUUGGAAGAGAUUGACAUGUUGCAAGAAUUGACGAAACAAAUCGAAGGACAUACGAUUUGUGCGUUGGGUGAUGCGGCGGCGUGGCCGGUGCAAGGUUUGAUUAGACAUUUUAGACCGGAGUUGGAGGCUAGAAUUGGCGCGCAAACGACACCCGACCGAAUCGCGGCGUGA